GUUUGAUCCGGACUGUUGCAAUGCUUCGGGAGAGAGCAGAUACAUACACAUUGAAUACAUUACAGCAGAGCGGCUUCGUUUACAGUGUUGGAAGGUUUCGCUACAGUGCAGACUGAUGUGCGUUCUUCUUAACGCCCUUACAAGUUGGAGCACAGUAUCGCUAUCUCGAAGUGCCUGCUGCGACAAACAGUUUCUUCAUUUGUUUCCUCUCCAUACUCGUUCGUAUGUACCAAUGUAUGUAGCAACGGGGGCUGUAGACAACCGCGGAGCACCUUUACGUGGAGUAAUCUGAAAGUUAAUGGGAUCGUGGGCCUUGCGACGACCCUUGUGUGUUUUGCAGACUCGACCCCCACGGUCUCUUCUAGUGCGUGAGGAAGUGAGAGGACAGCUUUGGUGAUACAUUGCCGACAAUGAACGUGGAAAUACCUCCAGUUGCAACAUGGCUGCUGCUUAGAUGUUUAUUGGAAAAGUUCAGCCCUGAACAUUAAGAAAGUUUUAUAAUAAUCCACGUCGCAAAAGAGAACUUGUCUGGCUUAAUUCAGCUCUGGAUUGGACUGGACUGGAUAGGACUACACAGUGAAUCGGAGCGAGUGUAGCUCGCCGUGUUUCAGUUUGGUCUCUGCAUGACAGCAGACCAAACACCGAGGGCUUUCCGUGAACACUCUCGCUUUUAACAGCAUUCAACUUGCUCAAAGACUUGUAAUCUUAGAGUAGAAAAUGCAUUUCUCCAUCCCCGAGACGGAGGUCCGCUCCGAUGAAAAUGGAUCGACAUAUGUGGCUUACAAUAUCCAUGUGAAUGGUGUCUUGCAUUGUCGAGUACGUUACAGCCAACUCCUAGGCCUCCAUGAACAGAUAAAAAAAGAAUAUGGAAAUAAUGUGGUGCCAGCUUUUCCACCAAAGAAGAUCUUCACCCUCACACCGGCUGAAGUCGAUCAGAGGAGAGAACAGUUAGAGAAGUACAUGCAAGCUGUGCGUCAGGACCCCAUUCUGGGAUCCAGUGAGAUGUUCAACAGCUUUUUGAGAAAAGCUCAACAGGAGACCCAGCAGAUCCCCACUGAGGAGGUGCAGCUGGAAAUCUACCUGUCCAAUGGCCAGAAGGUCAAAGUCAACAUCCUCACAUCUGACCAGACCGAAGAUGUUCUGGAGUGUGCCCUCUACGGCUUGAGCCAGAUGGAUUCUCCCCCAUUUCACUUUGGUUGUUGUCAUUGCUAUUAUUCUCCAAAUGUCCUUGUGUCUGAAGGCACUCAUACCUUUCAUCUGGUCUCUCAUUCCCUCGUCCAAACCUCUCUGACCUCCCAUGGUGCCCCAGACGUGAGAAAACUGCAAGAAUUUGAGCUGCCCUACGUGUCCAUCACCAGCCUGCAUAGCCCUGACUACCGCAUCGUCCUCCGUAAAAGCUACUGGGACACAGCAUACGACAGUGAUGUCAUGGACGACCGCAUGGGACUUAACUUGUUAUAUGCUCAGACGGUGUCUGAGAUAGAGCGGGGAUGGAUCCUCGUGAACAAAGAACAGCACAGACAGCUGAAAUCCCUGCAGGAGAAAGGCUCAAAGAAGGAGUUCAUCCGAUUGGCUCAGACGCUGAAGUACUACGGCUAUAUUAAGUUUGAUCCAUGCAUCACAGAUUUUCCAGAGAAGGGCUGUCAUGUUAUAGUCGGUGCCGGCAACAAUGAACUCAACUUUCACGUCAAAUUGCCCAAUGAUCAGAUGAAAGAGGGCAGCUUCAAAGUCACACGCAUGAGAUGCUGGCGGGUCACUUCAUCUCAGGUGCCUGUGGCGAACGGUACCGCAAACCCUAGCAGUCCCAGUAAAUGUGACGUGAAACUAGAGCUGGCCUUCGAGUACUUGAUGAGCAAAGACCGUCUGCAGUGGGUCACCAUCACAAGUCCACAGGCUAUCAUGAUGAGUAUCUGUCUGCAGUCUAUGGUUGAUGAGCUGAUGGUGAAGAAAUCUGGCGGAAGCAUUAAAAAGAUGCAGAAGAAGCGACUGAACGGCACGUUCCAGCGGUCUGACAGUCAGCAAACUGUGAAGUCUCCUCCAUUACUAGAUUCCCCUGAUCCCAGCCGUGAACAAGUAGUGAAACUCUCUACCAAGCUGUCUUCUGUCUCCCUGAGAGGACUUAGUUCUUCCAACUCAGCCAGUGACAUCAGUGGCAAUGAAUUCCAUGGAAACUACGCCUUUGAAGGAAUAGGGGACGAUGACCUGUGAUGGAGCCGUCUUCAAAAACUGGACUAAAGGAGGCAGAUUUGUUUAGCGGUUUCUCUGCGUUGAGUGUAGUUUACUAGAUGCCCAGCUCUGCAGUAUCGUAAUUCCUUUGUGUUGUCGUACAUAAUUUUGACUCAAGUCUCAUUAGUUUUAUGAGAGGCCUCAGAGUCAAUACUCGCUCAUUUAAAGUAACAAAAAUAGGAUAAUUUCAGAUUUGAGGCAUAAUUGGAGACAAUUUCAAUGGUUAACCUAAUAGAGGGUUACAUAGGCACCUCAGGGCAAGUUACUACAUUCAAGAGAGAUGUUAAUUUAGUCUGUGAUGAAAGUUUCUUCUGAAGACAAACUUUAUUUGAAUCGUACUUCCUUACUAGAGACACAAAACUGUGCUUUUCCUCUCAUAUGUCAUCAUCUGGCAGGCACCAAAUUCCUGUUAUCUCAUUUUCUCUUGGCUGUUCAUGACUGUAGUUGCCUACUAGAGUAAGAUCCAUACCAGCAAAUUAUGUUCCUUUUAAAAUCAGUUGAGAAUAUUAUUUAAUAGAUAUGUGCUUUGUAUUGUCCAGUGUGCCAGUGUUGCUCAACCUUUUGCAUGGUAGCGACAAUAUGACCAAUGGGCGUGGUAGAUCUUUGCAGCUUGCGGUUUUCUUCAGGAGAGGUAAACUCGACCUGACACCUACUGCAUAUUCAUUGCAUAUCCUAGAUGAAAAUACAAGUUCAGAAUUUAAAUUACCCUCUUUAUUGUGGCCUGCUUUCUCUCUGCCUUAUGCUGAUUCAGACGCCUUACAGUUUAACUUCUCAAAUUUAAAUGUAGCGCCGGGCACAAGUUUGGUAAAAAGCUUCUCUCAUUCUGGCCUCAGCUGUGUCCUGAAAUCUCGCUUUGUUUUGGGGUGUUCGGCAGGCCCGCUUGCACUAGCUGAACUCAUGUCUUUUUUGCACAGUAUUAAGAAAGGUAGAUGGCUUUGGUAUUUAUUGAGAUAUUAACCGUGGGAAAACAUCCUGGAACAUUCACAAGAGGUUUGUGUUUGUUGUCUGUGUUCUAUUAUUCAAACCAAUAUAUUAAAUAGGUUUCUCGUAAAUGCCAAAAUUAUAGUUCACUAAAGCAUUUUGCACAAAAAUCAUGGUAAUGUCACUUUUAUAAAUGUACAUGCAAUUAAAAAAGUAUUCUGAAUAUUUACUAAUAUCUGUAUUAUCUUAGUAUAUUACAAACAAUUACAGUUGAUCAAAUAUAAUCCAGGCUGUGUAAAAAAAAAAAUUAUAAUAAAAAAA